GCUUGUAUUCUUUAUUCACAUUUUUCAGAAUAUAUAAUAUCACAAAAUGUUUCAUAACACACACCUAAAUCAAAUGUUGUUUUCGAUGAGUUCCAUCAGAGCUCUACAUGUCAUUGCAGAACAUAGAAAGUCAUUUUGGCACAUUUCUUUUCUUACAUUUAGGCCUGAUGCACAAUAAUACCUGGUUGAGAAAGUUUGUGGCCAACAGAAAAUAUCAUAAAUAAGAAAGAGUGAUCAGGAAGUCUACUUUUUUUCCCCUCCAAUUAAGUCAAAACAUCUGCAUUCUUCAACCAUCAGUGUAGGAGAUAACACCUUAAAUCCCAAACAAGUUUCUAUUCUAGACAGUUGUAUAGUCCAACACAGCUUUUCGUUUGCCCGAUAUGAAUGUAAAGCUGUCGCUUAAGGGUCAUAUCCUUCCAUUAAUGAUACACAUUUUAGAGUCACAAAGGAAUUCAACCCGCAAAUGGUAUAUCAUCAAUAUCAUUUAUAUAGCCAUCUAACCUCCCAAUUCGACUGUUAAGAUCCCUACAUAUGUAAAUAGCAUCUGCUUCUGUAUAUAGGUAUAUUUGACUUAAUAACUGACCAUCUCUACCCCAUGUGGACUGUUCAGGUGGUAAAUAGCAUGGAAACACAACGAAACAAUCUGACUCCCUAUGUUCAAAGCGCAAACCAAUAAUUCCUUCUAUGGCUUUAUCGAUCAUUUCAAUUUGAUAUGUUUUCAUCAUAUCAGACUUUACACAUAUUCCCUUUCACGUGAGUGUUCCUGUUGUGUCCAUACCAUACAUACCCUUCAAUAUCGAUAGUUUCUUGCCGAGGCAAAUGCUUUUCAUUUAUUGAGAUAAUGUCUGGGUUUAAGGAUUGUAGUAUUGUUAUUCGUCAUUUAUUGUUCAGUGUGCUCCAUCCGUGAACAUUCCAAUGUACUAUUGAAAUUGAAUCUCGUAGGGGAUGGGAAGCCCCUCGGUAUGUAGUAGGUCUGUCCACUUUGUCCUUCUGGUUGAUCUCGUUUCAUGACCCGUCCGCUUCCCGUGACAAAAUAGUCAUUUCCUCCGUUUAUUUCUCUCAGCAGCGUCUUGAAGUUCAGUUCUAUAAGGCGAUCAGUGUGGGACUUGGCUGAUCGAAGGAAGACUUAUAAUCAGAGCCACUUUCUCCUCCGCAGACCUACGCUCCACCUUCACAACCCCGGGACCUUUACCUCUCUCCAUCAACCUCUCAACUGCAAUCACCUGUUUCACAGCCGAGGCCUACCGAUAUCAACCCGGUUCACUUUGAAGAUUAGGUCCUCGUUUUCAUCAGCUGGCAGUCCUGCCACUAUUAUAGACACGUCUGGGUCGAAUGUUGUUUUGGCUAGGCCUAUUCUCCCAGAUUUUAGGAAUUCUACACGGGACUCCAGGGGCCUGUUGCACAAAAGUAGAAUUAAGACAUCCGGGAUAAAUGACUAAGCUGAGCUCAAUGAAGCCAAAACAUGUGCGUCCAGGCUUAAUUGGUUGCACAAAGACCAAGCCAGGAUGAGCAGACACGGAUUCAUUAAGCCGGGUGAAACCAAUCCAGGAUAGGUGCGCGCUCACGGCUCACUCAAAUAGACCCCGCCACAGAUCACAGAUUAACUGAUUUACCAUGGCAACUAGAGCCGCGUACUUUUCCCGGUCGGAAGCACAAAUCCUCAUGGAGGCAUACGAGGAGGUAAAAUAUAUAAUUAAGAAGAAAGGCAACACCGCCACAGUGAUAAAGCAAAGAGAAAAAGCGUGGCAAAGUAUUGCAGACCGCCUGAAUGCAUUAAACAUGAACGGGCCAAAACGGACAUGGCAGCAGGUCAAAAUCAAAUACAAGAACAUUCUGCAGAAUGGUAUGGUCCCUGACUAAUAUUUAACAAAGCACAAGCAUAUAUUGUACCCAGAAGGUGCCUGCUCACACAUUGUCUGUACUGUUUUAGCAGUGAAAAAUAAUACCCACAGACAAGGCACGGGUGGUGGGUCACCAAAGGCUGACCUUACCCCAGCAGAGGACAUGGCCUUGGAGCUAAAUAAAGGCAGGCCCGUCUUAGAGGGGAUCCCUGGGGGGAAAGAGACGAGCAUAGGUUCCUCCCAAGAUGCCACCCGCUUCAUUCAAGUGUCUGGCAGCACUGUGUUCCUGUUAGAGCCACCAGCACAAGCACCAGACGAUGCUGAUCCAGGUGAAGGCCCCAGUGCAGCAGCAACAGCACAUGAUGGAGACGAUGAUGAUGAGGAGGAGACCAUCUCUCUGGAUCCCAGAAGGCAUGAGGUAUCAUGGACCCAGAUGCUAUACAGUGGGAAAACCAGCCUGGCAACAUAGUGCGUAUUAAUAAAAGGACACCACAUCCUGCCAAAUUCCAGCUGCGCUAAUUGUAUUGUGUUCACAGAGCUCACAAGCUAUCAGAAAGUUGUAUGGCAACAACCUCCGGCGCCAAAUAGAACUGGCAGACAUAGACAUUCAGUACAAGAAGAAAAAGAUGGAAAAUCUUGCACUGGAGUCCGAAAUAAAAAGAGGACAAUUAGGAAACUGGACCUUGAAAUAAAAAAAACUUGAGAGGGAGGUGAGAUAUGCCUUCAAUGUACACUGUAUGCUAACUGUAACACAAAUGUAUUAAUCAUUAUUUGUAUUUCCUCCCCCAGCUCCAAGAAGAUGACACAGCUCAAAAUAAAAAUUAGCAAUCAGUACAACCAAGUCAUCGUUAUAAGGCAUCGCCCUCUUUUGCCCACCCCCAGCACCAGGUGUGGCCACUAGCCUAUAUGAAGGCCCAAAAUUGUGUGUUCCUUUCUGCUCUGACAAUGGCAUGCCCAUUCGUGCGAGAUGUGGUGGAUGAAGAAGCACUUGUGCUGAGGAGAGCCUUCAGGCGAGAAAGGGUCUUCAGGGACCGGUUGGACCCACUGGCCUUCCCUGACGACCAUCUAUAUGAAAGAUACAGGUUUUCUGCAGAUGGCAUCAGUGGAGCCUUCCUGUACUCAGUGGGGGAUGCAGAACAGCUGAACAAGGCCACAAUUUGCCGCACAAUAAGGAGUGUGUGUCUGGCUAUCAAAGCAUUAGCAGAUGUCUUCAUCUCCUUCCCUGGCCACAGAAGACUCUGUGACAUCAAAGAGGAGUUCUAUAGGAUUGCAGGUUUCCCCAAUGUCAUUGGUGCAGUGGACUGCACACACAUAAGGAUAAAAGCCCCCUCAGGUGCCCAUGAGGCCGAUUUUGUGAAUAGGAAAUCCUUUCACAGCAUUAAUGUUCAGAUGGUCUGCAAUGCUGACUGUGUGAUCAGCAAUGUUGUGGCAAAAUGGCCUGGCUCAGUCCAUGACUCCAGAAUCUUUCGGGCCUCUGAAAUCUAUCAGUGCCUAUCACAAGGUGAAUUCUCUGGUGUGUUGCUGGGAGACAGGGGUAUGGCUGCCAGCCUUUUCUCCUGACACCUUUCACAGACCCCCAGGAAGCACAGCAGGCCUACAACCAUGCCCAUGCCAGGACCAGGGCCAGAGUUGAAAUGACCUUUGGCCUCCUGAAGGCACGCUUUCACUGCCUUCACAAAUUAAGGGUC